AUGGAUAACCUGGUGCUACGAAAUGCCACCAUCCUCAAGCUAAGUCCAAACAGAGAAAACCUGCGAUUUUCUGUAAAGAAAGUUCUUAAACAGGAUAUGUUCUCUAGUCUGGAAUGGCUUAUCAAGUUGAUAAAAGGAAGAGAAGGAAUGGACAAGACAAUUAUAUUCUGCAAUCUGAUGAAUGACAUUGCAUGUGUGAUAAAUCACCUUAUGCUCAAACUUGGAAAACCGGCAUACUCUCCUGAAGGUUCCAGCUCCCCAAAAGAUUGCAUACUGGGAAUUUAUCAUUCUAGUUCAUGGCAGAAAAAUAAGGAUAGGGUAGUUGAGUCAUUCAAAGGUCAAGGAAAGGUCAGAGUGGUGGUAUCUCCUUCGGCACUUAGUAUGGGGGUGAAUUUCCCUGACGUCAGAUUUGUCUUGAACUGGGGACCCCCAAGAAACAUAUUAGACUUUCAUCAAGAAGCUGGCCGAGAUACGUUGCCCAGCCAUGUUUUUCUAGUUUACCAUGGCCAACAAGUUAGUUUAUGUGAAGAGCCAAUAAGACAACUACUGAAUGCUGAAGAAAGUGGCUGUUUGCGAGUUGCCGGAUAUUAUAGUCUGGAUGAUAAGAUAGAACCAUUAAGCCCAGGCCAUUUUUGUUGUUCUUAUUGCACAAAACAAUGCAAGKGCAAAGGAGAUAAGUGUGACUACUUGCCAUACAAUGAAUGUAUAAAUGAUUUGCCACCACCACAUUUGCUCUCAAGACCAGUAGCAGAGGAAGACAGAGAUUGUCUUGAAGAAGCCCUUAAAGAAUUGCAGUUGGGAAUGGAAGUUGGUGGGUUAAUUGACAAGGCUUCCUCUCAUGGAUUUUCUCAGCGAUUAAUUCAGGAUAUUUGUAAAAACUGUACAAAACUGAAAGCUCUUGUUGGAGUUAAGUACAUGUUGGUUUAUAACCAUGAAUACUUUUUGCAGCACAAUUUGCUUAAUGUUUCUUUCGUGUCUUUGGACGAUCUAAAGCAUCAUAAUGACUUCUUGCCUAACGAUGUAAGCAGCAACGAUGCCAGGAUCCUGAAUAUUGUGAAAUACUCAAUCAUUUGA